AUGUUCUGGCUGAUGGUGCUGGCCCUGCUUUGUCAUAGUGCUUCAUUUGCUAUAAUCUCUUGCUGUUUAAAACAUAGAAAGCGAAAGAAUGGAGUCGUUCAAAAUCCAAGCAUAAAAGCCGUGUCCUCCGCAACAAACGUGACAAAAUCAAAGGAGCAAGUUGAUCAGAAAUCGUCUGAGCAGAAGAAGGACGAAAAGAAAGAAGAUAAAGAACAGGACACACAAGUAGCGACACUAGGUUGCACUAAAACUCAGGGAUCAAAGGAAAUAAGUUUACUUGAAGAGCAAAAACCAAGUAAGGAAAGAAUCAAGGAGGGAAACAACGCUAUAGUGAAGAAGGAGAAGCAUUCGAAAUAUUCUGAUGAGGAAAGCGGGCCAACCAAGAAGAAGCUACUGAAGCUGAUGAGGACGCAGUGCCCAGAGAGAUCACUAUCCGAAGAACUCAACUCUGUACUGCGAUCGGAGAUUGAAAAUGAUAAGAAAAAGGAAACAAAAGCUAAGAAGAAGCACGACACAGUGAAAAGUAUCGAAAGAACACAGUAUCCGGAAAAAUCGCUCUCGGAGGAACUGAAUGCAGCCUUAGCCUCGCUGUCAUCUCCAAAAAAUAAAGUAAAGGCGGAACAAAAGCCUCCUCAGAUUACUUCAGAAGGAAUACCAGCUAAGAUUAGCCAACAGCCCAUUACGGACCACUUAUUACCGCUGGACCAAACAUGGAAGACCGAACGCAGCGAUCGCACUGCAAAGUUCAAAGAGCAGUUGGUUACGGACCACUUAUUACCGCUGGACCAAACAUGGAAAACAGAACACAGCGAUCGCACGGCAAAGGAGAAUAUAAAAAGUAGCACAGCCCUUACCUCAUGA